AUGUGGACGGAGAUGACCAAGGAUCUGGUGACGCGCGAGGCCAUCGAGCAGAUGGGCUACGAGUACGAGGAGACGAAGUGGUUCUACUACAUCAUGAGCUACCUGCCAUACGACGAGGUCCUUCACCUCAUCGAGCUGUCGGACGGCAUUCGCCGAGCCCGCCGCGAGCGCGCGAGGGAGCUUCGGUGGGAGCACGACUGGCGGGACGACUGGGGGCGGCCCCACCACCGCCAUCGGCACGAUCAUCGACGCCUGCACGACGGAUGGGACGACGAGAGGGUGAGGGAGACGGAGGUGAUUUACGACAGCCACCGGCCUCGCUUCGCCCGUUGA